AUGAGCGGGGCGGGGGCCGCGCUGCGGGGGUACAACGGCGAGCUGCGGGCGGGGCUGGCGGAGCUGCGGGCCCGGCGGGAGGAGCUGAGCGGGCGGAUCCGGGAGGAGGAGGCGGAGCGGAGCCGGCUGCAGGGCCGGAUCUGGGCGCUGACCGAGCGGUUGGCCCGCACCAGCGAGAGCCUGGCGCGGCACCUGGCCGCCCGCGGCGAGCUCGACAGGACCAUCGCCGAGACCGAGGCGGCCUACGGCAAGAUUCUGGAGAGUUCUCAGACAUUGCUAGAUGUCCUGAAGGGAGAAAUUGGGAAUGCUGGUAAAGCCAGUGAGCCGCAAAACACUUCAAAAGAAAAACAAGCACGUGGACAAAAGCAUUCCUAAACUUGCUUUUCAACCUGGAAAGUCCUGUUGGUCUGGGACAGCUGCUGUUCUGGUACAAGGCUGCCACAUUUAAUAAAAGUCUUUGCUUUGCAGAAGUAAAUUUUCCUUUCAGACGCACUUUGGUAUU